AUGAACGCCUCCUUCCGCUUCGCCCGCGCGGCUCUCCGUGCCCGUGCCCCUGCCAUGCGCAUGCCCGCCCAGCGAAGGACCUACGCUGAGGCUGUUCCCGAGCACAUCAAGCUCAGCCUGUCCCUCCCCCACCAGUCCAUCUACAAGUCCAAGAACGUUGUUCAGGUCAACAUCCCUGCCGAGUCCGGCGAGAUGGGUGUCCUCGCCAACCACGUCCCCUCCAUUGAGCAGCUCAAGCCCGGUCUGGUCGAGGUUGUCGAGGAGAGCGGAGGCGCCAAGCAGUUCUUCCUGUCUGGUGGAUUCGCGACCGUCCAGCCCAACUCGACUAUGAGCAUCAACGCGCCCGAGGGCUACGCUAUCGAGGACUUCAGCGCCGAUGCCAUCAGGAACCAGAUUGCCGAGGCUCAGAAGGUGGCCAAUGGCAGCGGAAGCGAGCAGGACAUUGCUGAGGCGAAGAUUGAGUUGGAGGUUCUCGAGACUCUUGCUGCUCACGUGAAAUAA